CUUCGUCCUGAUGCCAGUUCUCUCUAGUCGAGGAUCACCUAGCUCGUGAGUGCGCGCAACUAUUCGUAUAUCCGACUAGUCACUUCGAAUUUCGAGUCGCGUGUCUCUCGCGUGAUUUCGAGGAUACGAGGUGUCUGUGAUUUAAUCUCAAAUUCUUCACCCAAGCAUUCGCGAGUUGGAAAGUCAUCCGAGUCCAACAUGUCGGCGAUUAAGAUUAUAUCAAAGUGCGUGCUGCUGUUGUUAGUCUGCAGUGCAAUUCAUGCCAAUGAGGACGGCGGAUUCCUUGAACGAGGAUACCGUGCUCUUUAUCGUGUCUACGAAGAGUGCGAGCAUCGCAAUAUGGCUGUGUCACCGUGUUUGAAGAAGAAGGCGAUUGCCUUCUUCGAGAGACUCGGUCGUAUACAGACUUUACCGAUCAGCGAUAAUCUCGAGCUGAUCAAAGUCGCUUCUGCGACGGAUGAUAGCUCGAAAAACACGGUUUCCGAUCUGGAGAAGACUUUGGCUAGAGCUAACGGAGGGGCCAUGGACGAAAUGCUCAACGAUAUUCUGUUCGAGCGCGUAGCCGCGUUAAUGAACAGUUUCAAUGUGCAGAUCAGCUUACCAAAGACAAGUUCUGGAGAAUUGAAACGAAGUAUUGAGGAAGGUCGUGGAAAAAUGAAGAAAAUGAUGGGCAUGAUGAUGAUGGGAAUGGCGAUGAAACUCGCUGCGUUAGUUCCCAUUGCUAUGGGUGUGCUUUUCCUGCUGGCAGGAAAAGCUCUGAUCAUCAGCAAGAUCGCUUUAGUUCUGUCGCUGAUCAUCGGCUUGAAGAAAUUACUAAGCCAAAAGCAGGGUCACGAUCAUGGCGGCUGGCAGCAAGGCGGAGGUGGAUGGGACAGAAGUCUGAAGGGAGUCGUAGACGCACCUGUACCAUCAAUGACGGAAGCCGAUCGCGAAUACGCUCAGACUUUAGCUUACAACGCGCGGCAGAAUCAUUAAACAAUCCGCAGCAGGAAGAAACAAUGGGAAAUCUUCAGGUAUUGGGAGGAAGCAACGCCUGUUUCCAAAGGAGCAGAUAAUAUGCGAUUUCAGAGACAGUUCGGAACAUCGAAAUAGAUUCGCUUAUUUAUGUUUUAAAAUAAAUUUUAUCAUUAAUAAAACGUCGCAUUUAUGCGUACUGCAUAGAUUAUGAUAAAAAGAAGAGAGUAUAAA